GAGCUGCGCUUCCUACUGGCUCGCGAGGGACAAGAGAAAAGGAGGCAGACACACACAGAUACACACACACACAGACAGACACACACGGACUCGGAGAGUACACACACGCUCAGUGAGCAGAGCAGCAGCAGCACAACAGGCUCACACUCUCACGCUAAAGUCGUUUUAACGCAGACACAAGAGGAGGAAUCGUGAAACCUCCGCAUGCCGGAGGGUCGAGUGUUUCCAGUGUGGCGGGGGAUCGGGGCCGGUCCUGGCGUCGGAGGCGGGUGGAGCCAGGGCUGGGGGCGUGGCCUGCGAUGGGAGCCCGACAGUCCCGGACAAGGCGCCCGGGUCCCGGUGUUUGACUACCCCGUCUGGUUGGUGCUGUGCCGGGGGGGCCGAGCCAGACUCCAGGAGGUCUGUCAGAGAGGGAGGGGGGCGAUCAGACUGCCCACUGACCUGCUCAGCAUCAAACUCCCACAGCUCUUCAACAUCCACCAGAUCCCAACGGUGUUCCGGGAGGACAGCAUCAUCUCCGGGUACCGGCACCCCCGCAGCUCGGCCCUGGACUGUGUCCUCAGCAGCUUCCAGAUGAACAACGAGACCAUCAACAUCUGGACCCACUUCCUGCCAACAUGGUAUUUCCUGUGGCGUUUCUGCGUCCUCUGCUCCACUCUGAACUUCCUGACCGACAGCUACACCUGGCCCCUGCUGGUGUACAUGGUGCUCAUCUGCAUUUACCCCUUCACCUCCAGCUGCGCCCACACCUUCAGCACCAUGUCCCCGGAGUCCCGCCACAUCUGCUACUUCUUCGACUACGGAGCGCUCAGCCUCUACAGCCUCGGCUGUGCCAUAAGCUACGGCUACUACGUGAUGCCUGACUGUUGGGUGAACAGCUUCCUCCAUCAGCACUUUGUGCCCAUUGCCAUUGGAAACACGUUGUUCUGCACGAGUCUGUCCUGCUAUUCCAGGUUCCUGGAGCUUCAGUUCCCUCAGAGAAGUAAAGCUCUGAGAACAGGAGCGUUCGUGGUUCCCUUUCUCUUUGACACUGUCCCUUUGUUUUACAGGAUUCUCCUGUGCUGCGGGGGAAGCUGCAGCUCGAGCGGCGCCUUGUCCAGUCACUGUUACCACCUCCUCUUCGCCUUCCUCACCUGCUUCCUGUUCACCGCCCACCUCCCGGAGAGGCUGGCGCCGGGACGCUUCGACUUCAUCGGCCACAGCCACCAGCUCUUCCACGUCUGUGCCGUGGUGGGGACCCACUUCCAGAUGGAGGGCGUGUUGGCGGACAUGGCGCAGAGGAAGGCGUGGCUAGCCGACCACGGGGCCACGCCCUCCUUCCUGGGGACCAUCGGCGUGCUGGUGGUCGGCCUCGUCCUCAACCUCGGCAUCAUCGGCCUAUUCAGCGCGCCGCUGCUGUGGAACCCGUGCCGCGGCGCCCCCCCGCCCCACACGUCCAAGCACGACUGCAAGGCGCACUGA